AUGCCUAGUCAACGUAGACAAACUACUGCUAGAACAUCCAUAAAAAUAUCUUCCAAAACAGCUCCCGUUGAUGAUAGCCAAACCGGAUCCAACAGCAGGCCUGCUCAUGCCAAACUUUUUAAAGCAUACAUCGGUGUACAUGAUAAUGCUGCCACCAUUGUGGAAAAGCGUGAAAUCAAUAAGGGUAUGAUGAGAAAACUGUUGGCUGGUAAGGCGAUACCCACCUUUAGGACGCUGGAUGAACUUAUGAAACGUGUUGCCCGUCUUUUUACCAAGUACCGCGAAAUAGAGAGAAAGUUGAAUGGCACUGGUUUAGGUUUGACAGAAAAGGGUAUUCGUGGAGGGAGCACCAGUAUCGAACAAAAGUGUGAUUUCGAAUGUCCUGGAUUUGUGCGAUUGUCGACUUUGCAUGGUGAUAGGUCUAAUACCCAACCUGUUUGGUUAGCUUUUCAUGGUGCUACUGGCGGUACUGAGUAUACGUUCUCCAGUAGAAAAGAGCCCACCAUUACGGCAAUUGCUGAACAAACCCGUACUGUUUUUGCUCGUACCCACGAUCCUUCUGUUGACCAUUCGUCUCCUGGACUAUCAAUGACUUCUCACUCUUUGUCCGUCGAACCUUGCGAUUUUAGUACAGAACCUACAGGUGACAACCAUACGCCUUCUCUUCCUGUGGUUUCUGACAAUAGACCUAGAACUCGUCGUAGCUCAACAUUAUUAGACAGGGAAGUUGCUGAAAUCCUUGGCAUGAAUGUCUUCAGCGAUGAUAAUGAUGUGGACACUGUUCGUGUCAAUGUUGGCUCCCAUGGUGUUCGUGGUAGCUCCAGUAGUACUCGUGCUCCUGGUGGUCGUGCUUCUUCUGGCUGUCGUAGUUCUGUUGGUGCUCAUUCUGAUUAUUCCAUAAGAAACAAGAGGAUAAAGAUGGAUUUCUCUUCAGAAUACCGUGAAUCCCAGUCGAGAAACGAUGAAAUGCUGAGAGAGAACAGCCAGAGGGAGUUCGAGUUGGGUAUGAAGGAGCUGUUGGUGACGAGUCUUUGGACCAAUGCGUUCAGAAGGACGUCAUUCACGGAAAUUGACCAACACCUUGUGGCGUUCCGGCAAUUAUUGACGGAGCCUCUUGAGAAUGCACGAGGUAACGAAGAGACAUAUGUAGUAAGAAGUGAGAGUAAACUUCAACCAGUCUUUGACGGUAAAGAUGACUUCUCUUAUGAUGCUUCUGAAGUAGUUGACUCGGGGAUUCGUGGUCAGGGGCAAAGUGCAAAGUACGUGGUUCAUGACACUAUGUUUGAUCCUCCGGAAAGUAUCAACAAUUGGGUUGAUCAGUUUGACCUCAACUCUCAAUGCCUCGGCCUCGCUGCUAGUUCUUGGAGCUCUCUCAAGUCUACCUUGAUCCAAACGUAUGGUAUUCCACCUGCGAAGUACAACAAUUUUGUUCGAGGACGCUUAGAAGCUCAUCACCAAGGUCGUUUGUCUUCUCGGCGUUUUGUUGUACUCUUUGUGUCCAUCAUCUUCGAAUUUCCCGCCGUCCACUGCUUGAAUGCCAAUACCUUGCGUAUCAUUUACCCCCGUGUGAUGGCACCACAGGUACGUAAUCUGUUGUUGACAAAUAUUGCCAAUAAAACAAAUUCGGAAAUGGUAUAUAAAGCACCAAUUGAACUUGAAGAAUCAUUGUCGAUGAAUGACACCUUCCUUAAAACGGCUAUUGAACAACUAACUCUUAAUCCCACACCGGUACUUGGUUCAUCCACAGGUUCUGCUCCGGAUGUCACCCCGAUGGAAAUGUGUCCAUGCUGUGGCUCAAGCCCCCGCUCCUGUUCCAUCCAACCUGACUGGCAUAUCCCGGCUCCUCAAUCAUCAACUACAGUGAAUUAUGAAAGUUUCAUUUUGACACCGGCCCAACCUGUCUACGCGGUUGUACCAACCGAAGAUGAUCCAUUGGCUACAAUAACAGGUGUGCAUAAACCGUCUAUCAAAGCAACCUCAUCCGCUACACCUUGUCUCCAAGUCAUCAUUCAUGGUCCGUCUGUGCUCGCGUUUUUAGAUACUGGUGCUUCGUUGACCGUGCUCCGACAAGUCAACACAUCGUUAGGCGUUGCAGAUAUUUCUGCUGUCAUUGCGGAAUUACCCAUUUGA